AGAGAGAGAGAGAGAGAGAGAGAGAGAGACCGCAAGAGAGAAAGAGAGAAAGAGAGGCGGCGAGAAGGAGCAAGAAGGUAAAAAAGAGAGAAGAAAAGGAGAGAUCGAUAGAUUCAGACAGAGCAACAAAAGGAGAAUUAUCCCAUACUACUCUGAGAGAUGGCCUGCUACCCAACUGUUGUGUUUCUGUACUGUUUCUGUGUGCUUGUUGCUGUUUGGGCACAGCCAAGGGCAACAGAGGAAGCAGUAGUAGAAGGGCCAGAAGCGUGUAGAGAGGAAACGUACCCUUGUACUAGGAUGUACUCUGUCCAUCAGCCUACGAAGACAUGCCUCUACACCAUGUGCAUUUAUAGUCUUCGUCGAGUGUACGUGAUCAACAAAGAGAUCUGUGUGAAGACCGUGUGUCAAGAGGAGGAGUUACUGAAAGCGGAACUAUGCAGAGAGAAAUCUGGCUGGCCCAAACGACUUCAGAGGUCAACCAAAAAAAACAUUGGCUUCCCGCUAAAACCGGAACAUGGGCAAGCAAUGACAAACGCAGAGACAGAACGAGAAAGAUAGAAUAAAGAAGUACAUGAUAGAAGGACAGACGACUCAUUUAAACAAACACAAGCACACAUUUGCAUAACAUUUUUAUUUCGAACUUUAUGUUCAAAUUUGUGGUUCAGUGUGCUUUUUAACUCUAGCUUGUAUUUUCUUUUCUUUAUUACUGCAAGAUAAUAAGUUCUCACUGCAAGAUGAAUGACAUAGAGUGGAGUCCAAAAGUCUGAGACGGCAUUGAAAAUCUUUUUUUUUAUUGGAAAUAAACAGAAGGUUUUCAAAUUUUGAAAUAUUUAAAAUGAAGAAAGUAAAUGUUCAAUAUCUUGAAUAUUUAAGAUUUUGACUACUUCAAAGUCCUUAUUUAAAUAUGAGUAAAUUUGUGAUAUUGACCAUGUUAACUGGUUUGUACAAAAGGUCAGAUUUUUCUCAUGCCCAAUCUCUUCUAUUGAAGCCUGCGUUCACUCCAAUGGAUUUGAUCUAAAAUGGAUCAUAAGGUUUUGCAAAAAAAAACAAAAAAAACAAACAAAAAAACCCCCCCAGAAAACAUGU